CUCUUCAAACCCCCCCUCUCUUUUUACAUACACACACACCGCCUCCUCUUUUUUCCGGCCACUCUCCGCCGGUUCUCCCGCCAUUCUUCACCGGAGAUCUCUCUGUGUUACUAAUUAUUAGUUGAAGAUUAAUAAUAUGCCUGGAGACAAGAAAAUUGUGCAUUCCGAGCCAUUAGCCUCUGCGUUGAAAACUGAUGCCCGUGCUAAAAUGGACAAUCCAAGUUUGGGUGCGCGAAAAGAUGGAAUAGCUUCUGGUGUAACCUCAUCUUUUUCAGGUGUGAAAAGCGGAGUUGUCAAUAAGACAGCCGUAGAGCAAGGUGCUCACAUUGCACCCACUAGCUAUUGUGAUUAUCAUUAUCCAGGACACAGUGGGGCAUAUAGUCAUCUGGAUGGUUCUGGUCUUGUGAAUUCGAGUGGGGGUACUUAUCCGGACGCUUCGCUUCUUUAUUACAUGCCUGGCUAUAAUCCCUAUGCCACUGGAACUUACAUGGGGGUCGAUGGACAACAGCCCUACUAUUCAUCUUCAGAUGCCAUGCCGUGUUAUGGUUGGAGUUCUACUUCAUCAUUGAGCGCAAAGUCUGCUGCGGGUACCAAUGGGAUGAAAUCCGCUGAUUUUAGUUCGAAAAGAGCUUUGAACUCCUAUACUGGAAAAUCCUCAACUUAUCCUUUGGAUAUGAAGUCCCGCCAACAAUCGACUUCUAGUGUUUCCAAGUCGAUUCUGCAGUCACAGCAGAUCAGGUCACUGAACAAGUUGGCUUCUGCUUACCAGUCCACUGGCCUUUUAAAAGGGUACCAACCAUCAGGAAACUUCUCAUCUUUUGCAUAUCAAAACCAAGGCCUCUUUUCAAACUACUCUAUGAACUACGGUUCUGGUGGUAGACUUUGGAAUGAAAACGAUAGAUACAAGUCAAAGGAAAAGUCUUACACGAAUGGAGAAGCCGAGGAGCUAACACGUGGCCCGAGGGGUCAGAGCGUGAAUACUCAGCUUGAGGACGAGAAAGUGGGCAUACCACUCACACAAGAAAAGUAUAAUCUUGAAACGUUCCAGACAAAGUAUGAUCAAGCAAAGUUCUUUGUUAUCAAGUCCUACAGUGAAGAUGAUGUUCACAAGAGUAUUAAGUACGAUGUUUGGUCCAGCACACCUAAUGGCAACAAGAAAUUGGAUGCUGCUUUCCGUGAUGCUGAUGGAAAAGCAAAAGUUUUCCUAUUCUUUUCAGUUAAUGGUAGUGGCCAGUUUGUUGGUGUUGCUGAAAUGCUGGGGCCUGUCGAUUAUGAGAAGAACAUGGAUUUCUGGCAGCUUGAUAAAUGGAAUGGUUUUUUCCCUGUUAAGUGGCACAUCAUUAAGGAUGUUCCAAACACUUUGCUGCGGCACAUAAUUCUCGAAAACAACGAUAACAGGCCUGUUACUUACACCAGAGACACUCAAGAGGUUUAUUUAAAACAAGGUUUGGAGAUGCUUGAAGUUUUUAAGAGCUAUUCACCCAAGACAUCUUUGUUAGAUGAUCUGAGCUUUUAUGAAAACCGGGCGAAGUUGCUUAAAGCUAAACGGAUUAGUAAAGCUGCUUUCCAAUCAGAGAAGAGUCAAAGUGCAGGUGAAAGGAUAAUUGGAGAAGGGUCAAUGAGCAGCAAUGGCUUGAAGGAUCCAACUUCAACGCUCAUCAAUAUGACCCGGAAUUUGUCUCUUAAUUCUAACACGCCAAAAACCAGCAUCGGUGAUAAAUCUUCAGUGUAGAUGUCCACUUAUGAAUUGAUGUAGUUUCUAGGAUAUUAGCUUUAUUUAUGAAUUCUAAUAUCAAGUCUGAAAUAGUAUGGAGUGAAAUCAUUUUAUCUCUUAGUUUUUGUUUAUCGUUUGAUACUCCUAUGCUCCCUUUCCUACGUUUUUGAGAUGUAAAAAUCAGGGUUUUCUUUUUUUGAUUUCUAUCGAUCUGGACAGUACUGUGGAGGUGAAAAGGAAAUGACUUGUUUUAAUCCAUUUAUGCUUUUAGUA